AUGUCAGUGAACAUUCAUUCUGUGGCUAAUGAUUCCUUUGCCACAGCGGGUUGCGCAGGGGGAAUGGAAGAGGAAAAGCCCCUUUCAGUGGACAUUACUACGCUGGAAAUUGUAAAGAAGUUUCUUGUGACUGGUCUUCCUCUUAGUGUGGCCACACUCAUCCAGUUUUUUAUUAUUACAGUCAUCCUUGCCAUCGUGGGAAGAACUUUAGGGGUGAACGAACUGGGAGGGGCGGCACUAGCUCUUGGACUUAUCAAUGCGACAGCGUUUGCAUUUGCCGCCGGUUCCUGUGGGGCGCUUGAAACCGUCUUAUCUCACACGUACGGCAUGCAUAAGUCUAGUGGAAAUUCAGGCACAAUGUACAUGUACGGCACUUAUGCUCAGCGCAUGACAAUUAUUUUACUUGUUGUCAGCAUUCCUCUUGGGGUAGUUUUAAUAUACGCAGAUAUGUUUUUGGAGUAUAUUGGACAAACUAAAGAAGUUGUUUAUUACACUGGGCGAUUUUGUCACAUUGCAGCUUUUGGUAUUCCAAGUACACAACUUUUUCAACUACUCACCCGUUAUUAUGCCUGCCAACACGAGACUAAGCCUCUUUCAUUUGUAAUGGUAGCAGCAUCGUUUUUUAAUCCCAUUUCACAAAUAGUUUUGAUUCAUUUUUUUGGAUUUGAAGGUUCGCCCGUGGCUUGGUUAUUUUUAUAUACUUUUAUUGAUCUUUCUUUAGUAGGGUACGCAUAUUGCACCGGCUUAUAUAAGAAAACAUGGGGAGGUUGGAAUAUAAAUGCAUUUAAAAACCUUAAAGGCCUUUUAAAAUUGGCCAUUCCCUCAAUGGCAAUGAUGUUGAGCGAGUGGGUUCUGCUGGAGGUAAUUAGCAUCUGCGCGGGGUUUGCCGAGCCGCACGAAUUGGCCGCAUUUUACAUUACGAUGCAGGUGUUUGGCCUCUGUUGGAGUAUCCCUUCCGGGACGAUGAUAAUUGUCUGCGUACUUAUUGGCAACGCCAUUGGUGAAGGUAAACCUUUGCUUGGAAAGCGCAUAGCAAACGUGGCUCUUGUAAUGGUGGUCAUUACGGCGUUAUUGGAUAUUACCAUAUGUUGGCUGCUAGAAGACCGUAUCCCUUAUCUUUUCACGUCUGAGGAAUCGGUGGUUGUGGUGUAUCGCCGUCUGUUGCUUUUUGUUCUUCCAUAUCAUCUUUUUGAUACAUUUCAAAGUACAGUUAUGGGAAUUUUGCGUGGGUGUGGAUUACAAAAACUUGGCGCCCUUAUUAUUGGUUGCGCCCUCUGCCUUGUUGGUGUGCCUGUUGCGUUUUAUCUAUUUUUCCACGUUAAGUAUGGCGUUGAGUCCCUUUGGAUUGGACCCUUCCUUGGUGUGACGGCGGUGGGAUUUCCGUCCUACAUCUACAUCCUCUACUGGCACAUUGAUUGGUCAAAAUUGAAGCCACAUCACGACGAGGGUAUCGUGGUUUUGGAGGAGGAGGAGGAGGAGGAGGGGAAGGGAGGAUCCGAGGAGGCAAGGGAAGUGACGGUGGAGGCCAGGGAAGGUGUUGCCUCCUGUUCAUGA